AAACACUACGGAAAGACGGCGUGGAAGACGACUACCUCGUACCAAAGGAAUCGGCAUGUCUGGAUAUAUCCAAGGGCGUUGAAAGGCAAUCCCUUGAACGGCAUCACUACAACCUCUAGAAAUUCCCUGGCCCUAAGGACGCAGGAUACCAAUUUGUGGAGGAUGCAAUUGUGCGCCUGGCCAUGGGUGCAAGGAAAUGUCUGACAGAAUGUUCUACUGCUCUAGCCUCUAAGAAACGCCCCUUCCUGGUGCCGUUUGGCCGCAAUGAGGCCUUCGUAGGCCGCGAUGCCAUCCUCGACCGCCUGUUAACACGCCUCCCUCCCACUGCUAACCCGCACGACUGCCAGCGUACGGCCCUCGAAGGCCUCGGCGGUAUCGGCAAAACCCAGCUCGCGCUCGAGGCCGCCUAUCGUGUCCACCAAGUCCACCCAGAUUGCUCCGUCUUCUGGUUGCCAGCCGUGGAUCCGGCCUCGCUCAACAAAGCCUAUCGUGAUAUUGGUUAGGUACUUGAUAUAAAGGGGCUCGACGACGACAAGGCCGAUGUGCAGGCACUUGUGCACGCAGCGCUGUCGCGGGACGACAUCGGGCCGUGGCUGUGGAUCAUCGACAACGCUGAUGAUCAGAAGCUGCUG